AUGCAACAAUCGGACACUGAGGGAAAUGAAAUAACUGACACCCAGGCUGAUGACAUCAACUACUGGAUUUACAUCAAGGACAAAUUUAAUAUUUCCAAUGAUGCAUGGCAUGAAAUGGCAUUGAGAUCUAAAACAAUACCAAAUACUUACAAGACAACUCGAAAGAUAAAUGAAUUAAACCAGCAAUGGAAAAUAAGAGAUACCCCUGGUCAAGCAGAAGGGGUGCAAAUCAGCUUCAAAGAAAGCCUCCAGGAACAAAUUGCCAACUUACAAAGGAAGGGAGAUUUAGAAGGAGAUACCAUUGGGGUGAAGAUAAGUGGAGAUGGCACAAACAUUGGAAAAAGACUUAAGCUAGUAAAUGUAACAUAUACAAUUUUAAAUGAGAAAGAGGCUGCAAUGAGUGAGAAGGGCAAUUAUGUUCUGGCUAUACUCAAGACAAGUGAAAACUAUGACAAUCUGAAAGAAAGUCUGUCUGAUUUAACACAAGAGAUGUCGAAAUUAAAUAAGGUAACAGUUGAGGGUAAAACCUAUAAUAUUGAAUACUUUUUCGGUGGGGAUUGGAAGUUCCUGGCAUGUGUCUGUGGGUUGGGGGCUGCUAGCCAAGACUACGCCUGUAUCUGGUGCAAAUGCCCUUGCAACCAGAGACAUGACAUCCAAAGGGUAUGGUCACUUUCUAACAGUGCUCAGGGUGCCAGAUCACCG